AUGGCCGGUUGGAACGCCUACAUCGACAACCUCAUGGCGGACGGGACCUGUCAGGACGCGGCUGUAGUGGGCUAUAAGGCCUCGCCCUCGGUCUGGGCCGCCGUACCCGGGAAAACCUUCGCCAAUAUCACGCCAGCUAAAGUAGCUGUAUUGGUUGGCAAAGAUCGUUCGACUUUCUUCGUAAAUGGGCUGACACUUGGGGGCCAGAAAUGUUCAGUGAUCAGGAAUUCGCUGCUGCUAGAUGGAGAGUACACCAUCGACCUUCCUACGAAGAGCACUGGGGGUGUUCCCACCUUCAACGUCACUGUUACCAUGACUACCAAGACGCUAGUCCUGCUAAUGGGAAAGGAAGGUAUCCACGGGGGAAUGAUCAACAAGUAG